UUAUUAAUAUAUUUUAUUUUAAAAUAAAUUACAUGUAAUUUAUGGAGCAAUCAUUUUCACCUAAAAACUGUAUUCAGAUUGAAAACUCGUAACCAUUCUCAAGUGUUUUUGUGCAUUGUAGAAUCUUUUACUGUUAACUACAUUAGUUUUUUGAGAAUAUAAACAUAAAGAAAGUCUUUUUUCGAGAACGCGCUUCUCUUCACGCUUGGAUGGGACGAGGCUUCCGCGGAGCUGGAGGGGAACGAAUCUGUACGGGGAAACUGGUCUCAACACAACACCGGAUUGGUCUACAACUUGAGAGGAGUCAGCGGGUAGUUCUGCACAACGUAACUCAAGUUACCAUUUUACCCAAAUUAAAGACUUUUUAAUAGUGACGGGUUGGGAGCGCGUGCGGGUGGAUAACGAGAAUCGACCGGAACAUGUGCAGCAGUUUUCCCACACCAGUUUACUCCCACGCUGGACGGGGAGACUUCCAGGAUGUGUACGAACCGGCAGAGGACUCUUUUCUCCUGAUUGACGCGCUGGAGAAAGAUGCAGAGACGCUGCAGCAGAUGAGUCCACGUGUGUGCUUGGAGGUGGGUGCUGGCUCAGGAGUGGUGUCUGCAUUUCUGGCAUCAGUAGUUGGACCUUCAGCUGUCUACUUCUGCACUGAUGUGAACCCUGCAGCAGCACAAUGCACAGCAAAGACAGCUUCCUGUAAUAAUGUUUCACUGCAGCCCGUCAUCACCGACCUGGUGGAGUGUCUACUGCCUCAGCUGAGUGGGAAGGUGGAUGUCCUCCUCUUUAACCCGCCCUAUGUGGUCACACCUUCAGAAGAGGUUGGCAGCACUGGGAUAGAAGCUGCCUGGGCAGGUGGGGAGCGAGGCAGAGAGGUGACUGACCGGUUUCUUCCUAUGGUUGCACAGCUGCUGUCCAAUAAAGGCGUGUUUUAUCUCAUCACUAUAGCUGAGAACGACCCAGAGGACAUAAUCCGGAUAUUGGGUCAGCGUGGUCUGAAGGGAGAGUCCUUCUUAUCUGCAAGAGCUGGAAAUGAACGGUUGUCGGUCCUGCGAUUCAACAGGAUUCAACCAACAUGAGGGCAGCAGUGGCUAACCAGUCCUGUCAAAGGUGAUCUGUCCGUCUUCUCCCAGUCUCACAGCACCACUGGCCACCAGCUCCAGAGCAGCAGGGAAGGCUCGGUGCUCUGCCCCUCUGAUCCGGUCGGACAGACUCUCUUCUGUGUCCCCGCUCAGCACAGGCACUGCUUCCUGCACAAUGAUGGCUCCUGCAUCCACCUCUUCCUGCAGAAGAAACAGAGUUGGAACUAAACUCUAAGCAACCUCCUGCUUUGACCUUGAAAGUCCGACUUACAGCCACAAAGUGGACGGUGCAGCCGCUGACCCGGACUCCAGCCUGCAGAGCCUGCUUCUGGGCAUUCACACCCUUGAAUGAGGGCAGCAGUGAUGGGUGGAUGUUCAGUAGUUUCCCUGAAACAGAUGCAUGCGGACAGUGUCACAAACUGGACUGCAACCCCACCAUAAUGGUA